CCAUCUAGAGGCCGCAAACCGCAAAGUGGACCAAGUCGCAACCGAACUCUGGAAACUUACGCAGUUGGCUGCAGAUCUUCAGCGGACCCUAUUGCAGCAUACAUCGGGCGUCUUGGCUUUGGGUGUUGUCCGACUAGAAGAUCAGGGCCGUAGAGAAAGAGAAAUGUACAUGGCACAGUUGCAAGAUGCCAGGAUCGGACAGGAUGUUGAACAGCAAUUCGGGAUGAUGUCCAGGACGAUUAUGAACCUGGAAUCAGACGCGCUUGAGGCCCAGUCACUGCUCGAGGACAAGGAUCGUGCUAUCGAGAGACUGAUGCAUCAGUUGGAUCAUCAGCGCGACUUGUUUAUCAAGCUAGACGAGCAGCAACAAAAGACGAUUGCUAUUUCUCAAUCGCAGCAGAAGAAUAUGGAUGCACUCAUAGAAACUCAUGAUGCCAAGACCGUGGCUAAGCUGAGUAGCUUUUUGAAUACUGUCCAACAUCGUCUGCAAGCGGUCCUUCAGCAGCAACAGGGAUCGAGUGGUCGUGGUCGACAGGAGCGGGAAGGAACUGGUCAAACAUGGUCCUCGGAAACAACGGUCGGCUGCCAGGUUUCUAAGCGAGAGGCUUCAAAACCACUUGUCCGCGAGGAUUCGGUCUCGUCUGAACCCUCUGAUGCCUAUACUGCAGGUACAACGGCAGUUUCGGAGACGCUCGCCGGCUCAAAGCCCUCAAUAUCACCAAGCUCGGUCCUAGGAGACGGCUCAGCACAUUUCUCUAUUGACAGCAUUUGUUCAACUCUGGACGCACUCGAGAACCGUGUGUCAGAAUCACAGCAAAAAAUGACUGUCCUCACAGGCGAAAUUGGACUCCUAAGGCGGCAGUCAGUUGCCCUGAGCGAGAGCCGCAACAACAGCAUCAGAAUCAAGAAUUUCUCGGUUUCGCGUGGUCAGGCUGCAGAGGAUACGGUCCGCGCAGCCUUGGAAAAGAGCCUCAAGGAUGCGCUUCUGGCAAAGCAGAUGGCGCAACAGGAAUUGGAGAAUGAGCGUCAACGGUGGCAGGAAGAUCAAAGCCAUCGGAUCAAAGCUUUGGAAGAGAGCUUAGUGGCUGUCGAGGAUAUGGAUAAGGGCGUGGACGCGAAUUGCAAUGGUGAUGAGGCAGUGCAAGAACUCAGGCGACAGCUGCGGGAGGCCAUCGACGAGAUCGAUAUUCUCAACCAGCAGCAUCAAUCGAAUCUAAAAGACAUGCGGCAGCUCUUUGACAUUGUGCCCGAUCCUAGACGAAAGAGUCAUAUGCAGCUGUACUCGUCUCACCAACAGCUUCAGCAGCAGAAAAUAACAGGAACCCCAGGGGAUAAGACAGCUCUUUCAGAAAGUACAUCAUCGUUGGUGCCUGCUGGAGUGAUCGGAUUUAGCAUGGAGGCACUUAUUGGCCGAGUCAAGGAGUUGGUAGCGAGAUCAGAACAGAUUGAACAGGAUAACUUGGAGCUGAGGGAGCAAUUAGGAAAGAUGGGUGAACAGAGCCGUCGAAACAGCAACCAGGAAAUUCUUACGAAGAAACAACAUACGCCGGAAGAUACUGAUCUUUUGGACUCAUCCUUGAAACAACGAGGACAAUCGACACGGGUUUUAAAGUCAGAUCUUGAAAGGCUUCAUGCCAGUGCUGAAAUGGUUGAGUUGCUGGAGAAGGAGCUAGAGCUGCUGAAGCAACAUACCGAUGUACUCAUGGACGAGAAUGCUCGACUGGCGGAACUAGCGGCAGCAGGCGCAACAGGUACGCCUGUCAACAGCAGAUCAUCCUUGUUCGGACGGGUUGUUCAUAAACCGCACCAAAGCGAUGAGCUAGACGAACUCCAGGAAAUUAUCCGCGCCAAGGACAAACUGCUGCGGGAGAGGGACCAAGUUGUUCAGGAACAAGAAAAAGCUCUUCUGCAGAUGCAAGCGGACAUGGCCAAGAUCAAAGAGGGCAAUGCAGUAGACUGUGCCUUGAACUCGAAUUCGGCCGUCAAACUGAGCCCCUUUGACGUUAAUACACUGGAAGAAUUACGAGCCAAGUGUGGGAAGUUGGAGGGCGAGAUGGGAGAACUGCGUAUGAUUAUCGCCGCACUAGAGAGUGUCAGUGGAGGUCCAGGUACAGGAUCCCAGCUUCUGGACAGUCUGUCGGUAACUUCAAGCGCACAAUCGCCUCCUUCGUCGUUUUGGUUCUCAUCUGGACUCGCGAGGUCAUUUAACUUUGGGUCACUCCCUCAAAAGCACCCAGAGGAGUCGCCUUCAAGCGCUAUGUCACCUGUUCCUUCUGCUUCAGACGUGUUUGGCGCUGGCCAGCAAGGGCUCGAUAGCAGCGCCAACGCCCUCAGUCCUACCAGUAAUAAUACAGCAAUUGCAGGGGCGACGGCAGCGUUGCGAAAAGAAUUCAGGAGAGCUAUGGGCGAGCUACGGGAGGAGAAAGACAAGGCUGUGCGAAAGGAGGUCGAGGAGAGGAGACGUCUCGAGAGAGAACUGCGAGAGCUUCGUCGGGAGCUGCAGACCAUUCAGACCAGUACCCAUGCCUAGCGGAUCGUAGGGACCAGAAUGUAAUUUCGUCCGCAUCUUAUAAGUGAAUUUA